CGCGAGCCGGGGCGGCCACGCAACUUCCGGCGGGGGCUCCGGUCGCCGCCGCCGCCCGAGGGGACGGGCCGGGCCGGGAGCGGCCCGGGGGGAGCGGGCGGGCCGCGCCCGGCGCAGCGCAGCGGCGGAGCCCGCAGCCCCAGCGGCUGCGCCCAGCUCCAUGAAUGGAAAUCGGCAGCGCAGGACCCGUCGGGGCGCAGCCCCUGCUCAUGGUGCCCAGACGUCCUGGCUAUGGCACCAUGGGCAAACCCAUUAAACUGCUGGCCAACUGCUUCCAAGUUGAAAUCCCAAAGAUUGAUGUCUACCUCUAUGAGGUGGAUAUCAAACCAGAUAAGUGUCCUCGGAGGGUGAACAGGGAGGUGGUGGAUUCAAUGGUGCAGCAUUUUAAAGUGACAAUAUUUGGGGACCGUAGACCAGUUUAUGAUGGGAAAAGAAGCCUCUAUACAGCCAAUCCGCUUCCUGUGGCCACUACUGGGGUGGAUUUGGAUGUGACAUUACCAGGAGAAGGUGGAAAAGAUCGUCCCUUCAAAGUGUCAAUAAAGUUUGUUUCUCGGGUGAGCUGGCACUUGCUGCAUGAAGUUUUGACAGGAAGAACCUUGCCUGAGCCUCUGGAACUAGACAAACCUAUCAGCACUAACCCUGUUCAUGCUGUCGAUGUGGUGCUACGACACCUCCCCUCCAUGAAGUAUACCCCUGUGGGCCGCUCCUUUUUCUCAGCUCCAGAAGGCUAUGAUCACCCCUUGGGGGGGGGUAGGGAGGUCUGGUUUGGAUUCCAUCAGUCUGUUCGGCCUGCCAUGUGGAAGAUGAUGCUCAAUAUUGAUGUUUCUGCCACUGCCUUCUACAAAGCACAACCUGUAAUUCAGUUUAUGUGUGAAGUUCUUGACAUUCAUAAUAUUGAUGAACAACCAAGACCUCUGACUGAUUCUCAUCGGGUAAAAUUCACCAAAGAGAUAAAGGGUCUAAAGGUAGAAGUGACUCACUGUGGAACGAUGAGAAGGAAAUACCGUGUGUGUAACGUGACCAGGCGGCCAGCGAGUCAUCAAACGUUUCCUUUGCAGUUAGAAAAUGGCCAGACUGUGGAGAGAACAGUAGCACAGUAUUUCAGAGAGAAAUACAACCUCCAGCUGAAGUACCCUCAUCUUCCUUGCCUACAAGUGGGACAAGAACAGAAACACACCUACCUGCCUUUAGAAGUCUGUAACAUUGUAGCUGGCCAGCGGUGCAUCAAGAAGCUAACGGACAAUCAGACAUCAACUAUGAUAAAGGCCACAGCAAGAUCUGCUCCAGAUAGGCAAGAGGAGAUAAGCAGAUUGGUGAGAAGUGCAAAUUACGACACGGAUCCGUUUGUUCAAGAGUUCCAGUUCAAGGUCCGGGAUGAGAUGGCCCACGUGACGGGGCGGGUGCUGCCGGCUCCCAUGCUGCAGUACGGCGGGCGGAAUCGAACGGUGGCGACCCCGAGCCACGGGGUGUGGGAUAUGAGAGGGAAGCAGUUUCACACUGGUGUUGAGAUCAAAAUGUGGGCUAUAGCUUGCUUUGCAACACAGAGACAAUGCAGAGAAGAAAUACUGAAGGGUUUCACGGACCAGCUGCGCAAGAUCUCCAAGGACGCGGGGAUGCCCAUCCAGGGCCAGCCCUGCUUCUGCAAGUACGCCCAGGGGGCAGACAGUGUGGAGCCCAUGUUCCGACACCUCAAGAACACCUAUUCAGGGCUUCAGCUCAUCAUUGUCAUCCUGCCAGGGAAAACACCCGUGUAUGCGGAGGUGAAGCGUGUGGGAGAUACACUGCUGGGAAUGGCCACACAGUGUGUGCAAGUCAAGAACGUCAUUAAAACAUCACCACAGACCCUGUCAAAUCUGUGCCUGAAGAUCAAUGUUAAACUGGGAGGAAUCAACAACAUCCUUGUACCUCAUCAACGACCUUCUGUGUUCCAGCAGCCAGUGAUCUUUUUGGGAGCUGAUGUCACUCACCCUCCUGCUGGAGAUGGAAAGAAGCCUUCCAUAGCUGCUGUUGUAGGUAGUAUGGAUGCCCACCCGAGCCGGUACUGUGCCACGGUGAGAGUGCAGCGGCCGCGGCAGGAGAUCAUCCAGGACCUGGCCUCCAUGGUGAGGGAGCUGCUCAUCCAGUUCUACAAGUCCACACGGUUCAAGCCCACACGCAUCAUCUUCUAUAGGGAUGGGGUCUCUGAAGGGCAAUUUCGACAGGUUUUGUAUUACGAGCUGCUGGCCAUUCGAGAAGCCUGCAUCAGUUUGGAGAAGGAUUACCAGCCUGGAAUAACCUACAUUGUGGUGCAGAAACGACAUCAUACACGAUUGUUCUGUGCUGAUAGAACAGAAAGGGUUGGACGCAGUGGCAAUAUUCCAGCUGGAACAACUGUGGAUACAGACAUUACACAUCCCUAUGAGUUUGAUUUUUACCUCUGUAGCCAUGCUGGAAUACAGGGUACCAGCCGUCCCUCACACUAUCAUGUAUUGUGGGAUGAUAACUGUUUCACUGCAGAUGAGCUCCAGCUGCUGACCUACCAGCUCUGCCACACCUACGUGCGCUGCACGCGCUCGGUCUCUAUUCCCGCGCCGGCGUAUUACGCUCACCUGGUGGCGUUCAGAGCACGAUACCAUCUUGUGGACAAAGAACAUGACAGCCCUGCUGGUCUGUCUUGCAGUGCUGAAGGAAGCCAUGUUUCAGGACAGAGCAAUGGGAGAGACCCCCAGGCCCUGGCGAAGGCUGUACAGAUUCACCAAGACACCUUACGCACGAUGUACUUCGCUUAAGUCACUAAGAGGGGCGCGUGCUUACCGGGAGGAAGAACUGAAACUAAAGCCACAUACAAUGUAUGUUCCCGGCGGGGUUGGUUUAUGGGCUGUGCCUCCCACCCUGCUGGAGCUGACACUGUGCAGGGGGGAGAGGCUUAACCCUUAAAUUGACACAAGGAAGAUUGUUUACUUCAUCGAGGAACACAGCACUAUUAUGCAAUAUGAAACCAGCCAACUGCUUUUUGGCGCGGGCUCCUCCAGGAAGCGCCGCCAUCAUCUUUCUUUGUUUAUUUUUCAUAGUUUAACCCUCUUAUGCCUUUACCUCAAGUUGCUCGGCAGCACAACUACCUUUGCAAAAAAAAAAAAAAAAAAAAUUAAAAAUCAAUAGUGUGAUUUAAAAAAAAAAAACAACAAACCCCCUUUCUAGGAACAAUCUCAGUGAUUGUUUGGAGGAGGGAAGUGUGCAAAAUAGCAAAGUUUUUUACCCCACUGCAUUGAGGAAUCUUUCUCUCAGUGAUGCCAUCAAACAUUCAGAUGUGAACAUAUCCAAGUACAUUUGUAUGUACAGCACUAACUAGAAAAAAAUUGAGGGGGGAAAGAUGCGUUGCACACUAAUCCAAUAAUCUGAACCUAAUUUAGCCAACUGCUGCCUUUGUGUCUUUCUUCACAGCUUUGGAGUUCUGGGCUCCAACAGUUCCCCUCUAAAAAGCAAAGAAGCUAGUGGUUAAUGUGCAGGCAGUAGUGACCCAAACUGUUCUUGCUCCCUGGUGAAUUUCCUAAAGCUGCUGUUUUACCUAGUCCAAAAGUUUCAAUUAUUUUCUAUCUGGCAAGUCGAAUAUCUUGAAGCUUCACGUGAGAUCAAAUGUCCCAGGUUUUAUGGGAUUACAUGUAGUAAACACCAGAACUGAAACUUUAGAGCUAAGGUCUUUUUGAAAAAAGAAAAAUGCUAGUUUACUUGCUGCCUCUCACACCUUAAUGUGAUUUCAUAUGUAUGUGUUUUUGAAGUUUAGCUUCCUUUUGUUUCUUUUAUAUUUAUUAGAGUAAUAAUAAUGCUUUAAUUUAAUUAUUACAGAACAUAUGGUCAACAUCAACUUUUAUUUUUUAGAAAUGUAACCAUGUUUAUUUUUUAAAAAACUGACAACUUGUUUUGCUAUCUUUUAGUGCAAUAAGCAUUCUAAAGGAAAACUGUGUCCAUUGAGCUGUACUAAAGCAGUGUUUGUACCACUAACUGUGGAAGAAUGGACACCUCCAUGAUUUUAAAAGGACAAAGUAAAAGCCUUAAUUUUGAAAGGAAAGUUUUAUAGUCAGAAGGAAUCUUGAAUUUUCCUUUUUUAAGUCAAAAAAAUAGCAAAAAUGCUUCUAGAAUUCCUCGAGCUUUACUUGUCACUGCAAUAUUUUGAUUUAACAAAGGAAUUGUCCAUAUUUUUGGCUUUGAAAUGUGGAGGAUAUAUUUGAGUUAAAUGGAAAGGGUUUUUUAUUAAGAUCUAAGUUUUUACGUGCUUAGUUAAAUCUAUUUGACAUCAGUGAAAUGUCAGGAAUUAAUAAAACUUUUUAUGCUUUUUUCCUCUUUGAUAAUGACUUUCCUUUUAAAAUUAAGUUAUUGGUAACUUCAUUUCACUUUGCAAAUAAAGAGGGCUGGGAUAGUUCUAACAUGUUAAAUCACUGAAAUGUGAAACAAAUCAAUGGGACUCUUUUCAUUCCACUUUAAAGGUAAAACAAUAUUUAAGAUGUCAGAGAUGAGCAUUUAUUCAGUGAGGGGACUGGGGAGUUUUGCACUUUGUAAACUCGUGAACUGCAUUUUUGACUGUUUUUAUUUGCACUGGUUCAUAGUAUAUAUACUGCAGAUUGUUUGUAUGGGCAUUGCUGUUAUCCCAGCCCUUCUGAGCUCCACCUGCUCUCCACAUGAAAACCAGUGGGUUGGUAUGAGAGUAGCUUAUCUCCUGGCAUCCUCAUGAAAUCCACUGUUUGCCAAUAUACUGUCUUUUGAGCCUAAAAUCUGAGCCCGUUUUGCUUCGACAGGUAUGAAUCCCCCCCAUUUUUUUCUGCCAGAAAACAAAGUACUGUAUUUUGUGCAUUUGUAUAUUGUAUGGAAAUGUACCUAGUGCUGUUCACAACGCUGUCUCAAGGAGCUUUACUGAACACUUGGUGUAUAUUUUAUCUCCCAAUAUCAAGGAGGAUAAUGUAAAAAGACUCAAUUUUCAAAGUUGAAGUUGCACUGGAACUAGUCAUGAUGGUGGGCAGUUGGCCUGUGGCUUGUGGGUCCCUGGAGAGAAGGUGGGAGGGUGAUUGUGGUGGGGUCUGGGACCCCCCCGGGUCAGGUCUGGGACCCGCUGGGAUCUGGGAACCGGGCGCCUUCCUCAGCUGCACCCCCAGCCCCCGGGGGGGUGUCUUUGACAAGUCUUUGCCUUCUCCCUGCACUUCCCUUUCCACACCUUCAGGGAAACCUGCUGCAGGGAGGUGAGUGUCACAAAGUAAUUGGAGCAAGGUGGUUUCCAGGGAAGUAUCUCCCGUGUUUUUCUUGGUCUGUGACCCGUCAGUUCUCUCAGAAGCACUGUAGCUAGGAGUUCUGUUUAUAAAAGGUUCAGGUUAGGCUUUUUACAGAAAAUUGUUUUAAAAUAGAGAUUUUUUUUUUUAACUAUUUUACAAAGACUUCUUGUGGAUUUCUGGCGUUUAGAUGAUAAUUCCUUUAUAAAAGUCUUUUAACUCUCCUUUCAAAGACACUGUCUCCUUCUCACCCUGCUCAGUGACACUGAUUGGAGAAGCUUUUUUGCUUGCUGCUUUCACCAAAAAGCAAACUGAAGAAACUUCAUUGGGAAAGUGACUUAAAUGACUUGCUGAGCUAGCAUUGUACCUGGUUUUCAUGUGAAGAGUAUUUGGAAGUUUUAAUCUCUAUUCUUGGUUUUGCAAAUAUCUACGUAAAGUGCCGAUACUUCUUUGUAUUAUGAUAUCAAGUUACUGGCGUUGUGAGGGCCACACAUUGAUGCUGUAGCUGCUAUAUUUAUUUAAGUGGAGAUGGACAAUUACUGCACUAAGGAAUGAGGAGAUAAGCAAGGAAUCAAGGUUAGUUAGAUAUCUUGGUUUUGUUUCGUUUUUUUUCAAAAGAGAAUUAAUGGUGUGAAAUAUCAAGUGUAACAAAGGGUGCUGUCAUUUUAACUGAGAUUAAAUAGCCAGAUAUUCUUCCUUUGUUUAAAAACAUAUAUUUUGAUGUUUGCAGUUUGGGGGUGGGGGUAGGGGGGGUGGGAUAAAUGGUACCUCAUCUGUGGUGGCAGUUUCCAGUAUAUUUUCAGAGUAUAUGGAUUUCUUUUAUUUUUGUACCUGCUCUCCUUUAAAAAGACCAAAAAAAAAAAAGAAAAAAAGAAAAAAAAAGAAAAAAAGAAAAAAAGAUAUUCAAAUGUUAUGUGCUGUUAGGGGAAAUCUUGAGAGGUGUACCAGAUCCCCCUCCCUGGCUGGGAGCUGGAUAUAGCCCACAGCAGGACGUGGGCAAACGUUUGGCCAGUUCCUCACUCUGCAGACAUCCCGGGCUCCUUUUCAUGCCUGUCCAGGCAAACAGUUGCUGCCUCCUCAGACGCUGACCAGGCCCCUGCCCCGAGACCUCGCUUGUACUUAACAAGUGCCACUAAUUGCUUCCGUGGUGGGAGCACGUACAGGGACCAGCCAGUUCCAGUGCUGGGGCCACAGGAUCUGGAGCUCAGCCCUGGCCUGGGGGCUGCAGGGUCCGGAGCAGGGUCCCAAGGCUGAGCUCUGGGUCCUGCAGCCCCCGGGCCUGGGCUGAGCUCCUGGAGCUGGUGGCAGCUCUUCUCCUGACCUGGCAGAAAGCCUUGCCUAAACCUGCCAGCUGGUGACGAGGAGAUCCAGAUUUAGAGAGACAAGUAGAGUGUUUUGUAGUUGAGGCAUUAAACUUGCUACAUCUGCUCAUGACUGACUCCCCUGUAAGUUGUUGUUUUUUCCGUGCUGGGGGCACUUCAGCCGUGGCCGAUUCACUCAGGAUCACUGUUCAAUGUGUAAUCUCCUUAAGCAUUGUCCAAAAGUUAUUUUUCUAGGGUUCAUUCUGGAGUCCUUUUGAAAGUUGGUUUGGCUGUAGAAAUGAUUUCCAGGAGUAAAAUAGGUUUCUGGAAGUGGUCAGUCAGAUUAUCUUGAGAUGCUAUUGUUGGUCCUAAACUAUUUUCGCUUCCUUGUUUUUGUCCUAUAAGAUGCUCAACAUAAGACACCAGAUCAAUAUCAUCUGUCCUACAAAUUCCAGCUACAAAUGCUGGUUUUCUGCUAGUCUUGAAGUUCACUCUGAAAUUCCAAGCUCAGCCUAAACUUUAAAAAGCUUGAGGCGUGUUUGUUUGCUUUUUUUUUUUUUUUACACUUCAUGUCUGGUCCUCCUUUGAUAUUUUCCUAGCUUUGUGAACUUACUCAAAGCACUUUUAUAUGCAAGGAAUCAAAAGCUCAGAUUAUGUAUGUUGGAACCAUAAAUGCAGUUUUCAGAGAUUAUUUCUAAAUGGCCAUCUCAGUCUCUGGUCAUGCCAGGCAGAUACUUGUCCCUUUCAGUGCUGUGCAGUUUUGUGGCUGCUGUUGGCAGGUUGAUUGGAUCCAGUGAAAAAAUCCAUAGGGAUGUCAAAGGGAAAGAUUCCUGUCUUUCUUUUCUACCCAAAGAUGGUACUUUAGAUCAAUAUGGGGUAUUAGGACAUAAUUUUUGUUUCGGCACAUGUUUAAGUAAAACUUCACUUUAGCUAAUUCUCUCAUUUUUUGUAAACCUGAAAAAAAAAAAAAAUAGUGGUUAGAGCUUGAGCUAAUGGAUGCUUUCUGCUGGUAGAAGAUUUUGUACUUUCUGUAGUUGAGGUAUGAACAAGGUGGGUCCAGGAUCCUACAUUUUACCUCCCUAGUAGAGUCUUAUGAAUAUUGACCUCUUUAAAACAAAACCAAAUUGUUGUCCCUGAGUAGGCAAAGAUGCAUUUGGAGGGGAAGGAAUGGGAAGGGAAAGCCUGGCGAGGGAAAAUAGUGAAGCAUCAGUUUGACAGAAACCAGGGUAGUGCUGGAGAGACUCCCCCCACUUUCCAUCCCUGGCCUUUUCCAGUCCUCUCUGAGGUUCCCCCUCGCCAAACACGGGUAAUUAACCUGGGGUCCUUUGAAAACAGCAGUUCCACUGUUGAAAACUUGGAGUGAUUUUUUUUUUUUUUUU